CAUUUUCUUAGCUCUGCACUUUCAACUCACCUCAAGAGCUAGAACUCCCAAAUCUGUCAGUUUUCUCUUCUGGAACUACGGACAAAGCCUGCGUUUUCUUCGCUCUUGGCAGAUCUUUCAGUCUCUUCCGUCCAAAGUGUCAUUAGGUUAAGGAUCUGAUGGAAGGAAGUGGUCAAGACCACUCUGUUGGCGAGUUGAGUAGCGAUACGAGGAAGGAUAGGUCGGCUGAUCAGCACAGCUUGCCGGCGACGGCCGGUGGUGGUGGCGGCGGCGACCAUCGGAUCUUCGAUCGUCAACUUUCCAUAAACCAAGUAAUAGGUGGCGGUAAAGCUGCUGAUAUCAUGCUGUGGAAACGUUGGGGACUUUCAAUUGUGGUUAUUGUUGUUGCUACUGUUGCAUGGCUUGUGUUUGAGAGAUCAGGAUUGUCAUUCCUAACAAUCUCCUCGGACGUUUUGCUGAUUUUGAUCAUUCUUAGGUUUAUUUGGGCCAACAGUGCUGGCAUGCUUAACACAUCUUUAAAACCUUUGCCUGAACUUGUUUUGUCUGAAGAAAUGGUCAAUAACGCUGCAGCUUCAUUUCGUGUUAGAGUCAACAAUAUGUUGCUGGUGGCACAUGAUAUUGCUCAUGGGAAGGACUUCAGAUCAUUUUUUCAGGUUGUGGUCUUUCUCUGGUUGUUAUCGGUUAUGGGAAGCUUCUUCUCAUUCAUCACGCUUGCAUAUAUUGGUACUAUAUUGUUGAUGAUUGUUCCUGCCAUCUACAAUAAGUAUCAGGAGCAUGUGGACAGAUGUGCUGCUUUAGUUCACCAAAGCUUCCGGAAACAUUACAAAAUUGUUGAUGAGAAUCUUCUUCGUCGUCUUCCAACCCGCCGCAUUCCCAGGGAUAAAAUUGACUAAUUGUUUUUUUUAAGGGGUGGUAUUUGAGAAUAUCACUUUACAUAUGUGUGCUAUCCGUCUCUGUAGACAUCGAACCCGGGUCAGAGGGGACUUAGGACUGACAACGCAGUUGCCUACUAACUUGCCACCUAAGAGUCGCACAUAAAGUGGUGUUUAGGUGGUAUGUAUAUAAAUGUGUAGUAGUCGGGUGGUAUGUUCUGAUGACACUUUGUUUGUAACUCGUAGGCCAUGAACUAGGCUUUAA